AUGCCUAAACUCCUGCAAAGCAUUGUCACCGUCAUUGAUCUUUUCUACCAAUAUGCCACCCAGGAUGGGGAGUGUGACAUGUUGAACAAGGCAGAACUGAAAGAACUUUUGGAAAAUGAGUUUCAUCAAAUUCUGAAGAAUCCAGAUGAUCCAGACACUGUAGAUAUCAUCAUGCAAAAUUUGGAUAAAGACCACAACAAGAAAGUUGACUUUACUGAGUACCUUUUGAUGAUAUUCAAGCUGGCUCGGGCUUGUAAUAAAAUCAUCGGCAAAGAUUACUGCCAAGCUUCAGGGUCAAAGCAAAGAGAUCAGAGUCACCGGCACCAAGAGGAACUGAGGAAAACAGAAGGGGAGGAGGAAGGGCAAGAAUCAUCUAGUCAUUCAAGCUGGAGUGAAGGCGAGCAUGAUUCCUAUUCCCGGGGCUCCAGUGGAAGCAUUAAACACAGGCCUGGGUCCAGAUCCAGAAGGACGCAGCAUCAAGGAAGCUUAUAUAGUUCUGAGCAUAGGCAAAGCUCUGAGGAUAGAAGGAGAGAGUCAAGUUCAGGCCACUUCAAGGACAGUAAGAAAAACAAGCAUGGCUCUCAUCGACAUGAAAGGUCUAGGAGUGAAGAAGCUGGUUAUUCUCAUUUAAGUAACUCUAGAACAAGAUCAAAGUCAGCGAAUCAGUCCAGCACUUGUGGAACACAAGGGCGUGUGUGCCACUUAGAGGAUCAGUCUUUCAAUUCUGACCAACACUGGUCUGACUCAAAUGAAUCUUUAGGGAAUAGGCAACAUAAGAAGAAAUCAUGCCAGUCCCCUAGUAAGCAGGAUCACGGAUUCAGCUCAGGCAGUUGUGGAGGACAAGACCACUGGUCAGAUUCAAAUGAGCCCACUGGUUGUGGUCAUGGCUUUGGCUCAGGCCAGCCCUCUCAACAGAGAUGGCAAGAAUCAAAUGAAGAGUAUCACUCAGGAAACUGUGAACAACAAAGAUAUUGUUCUAGUUCAAGUUCGGGUGAGAUAUACAGUUAUGGCCAACACAGGUCAGGCUCAGGACAGUCUUCCAGCUGCACCCAACAUGGAUCUGGCUUAGGUCAAUCCUCUGGUUAUGGACAACAUAGUUCUACCUCAAGACAGUCACCAAGCUGUAGCCAACAUGGAUCUAGCUUAGGUCAGUCCACUAGGUGUAGUCAACAUGGAUCUGGCUCAAGUCAGUCAUCCAGCUACAGCCGACAGAGUUCUGGAUCAAGCCAGUCUCUUAAUCAUGGCCAACAUAGGUCUGGAUUAAGUCAGUCUUCUAGCUAUGGCCAACACAGUACAGGAUCAGGUCAGUCUUCUGGAUUUCAGCAACAUGGGUCUGGCUCAGGAGAGUCUUCUGGCUUUAAUCAGCAGAGAUCUGGCUUAGGUCAAUCCUCUAGCUAUGGACAACACAGUUCUACUGCAGGACAUUCAUCAAGCUGUGGCCAGCAUGGAUCUAACUCAGGUCAAUCUUCCAGCUAUGGUCAAUGUAGCUCAAGUCGACAUGGCCUAAGUCAGUCUUCUAGCCACAGUCGACAUGGGUCUGGCUCAAGUCAGUCUUCUAGCCAUAGCCAACAUGGGUCUAGCUCAGGUCCAUCUUCAAGCUUUGGUCAGCAUGGUUCUAGCUCAAGAGAGUCUUCUGGUUUUGGUUGGCAUGGGUCUGGCUUAGGUCAGUCAUCAAGCUAUGGACAACACCAAUCUGGGUAUGGUCAAUCUUCUAGGCAUGGAAAACAUGGUUCUCCUUCAGGUCAGUCCUCUGGCUUUGGACAACAAAGGUCUAGAUCAGGUCAGUUUGGCUAUGGCCAACACAGGUCUGGCUCAGGUGAGUCUUCCAGCUGUGGUCAGCAUGAAUCUAGCUCAGGACAGUCUUCCAGCUAUGGUCAACCUGUGUCAGGCUCAGGUCUGUCUUCUAGCUAUGGCCAACACAGUACAGGAUCAGGUCAGUCUUCUGGAUUUCAGCAACAUGGGUCUGGCUCAGGAGAGUCUUCUGGCUUUAAUCAGCAGAGAUCUGGCUUAGGUCAAUCCUCUAGCUAUGGACAACACAGUUCUACUGCAGGACAUUCAUCAAGCUGUGGCCAACGUAGAUAUAACUUAGGUCAGUCUUCCAGCUAUGGUCAAUGUGGCUCAAGUCAACAUAGCUCAAGUCAGUCUUCUAGCCACAGCCGACAUGGGUCUGGCUCAAGUCGAUGUGGCACAAGUCAGUUUUCUAGCCACAGUCGACAUGGGUCUGGCUCAAGUCAGUCUUCUAGCCAUAGCCAACACGGGUCUAGCUCAGGUCCAUCUUCAAGCUUUGGUCAGCAUGGUUCUAGCUCAAGAGAGUCUUCUGGUUUUGGUUGGCAUGGGUCUGGCUUAGGUCAGUCAUCAAGCUAUGGACAACACCAAUCUGGGUAUGGUCAACCUUCUAGGCAUGGAAAACAUGGUUCUCCUUCAAGUCAAUCCUCUGGCUUUGGACAACAAAGGUCUAGAUCAGGUCAGUCUAGCUAUGGCCAACACAGGUCUGGCUCAGGUGAGUCUUCCAGUUGUGGCCAGCAUGGUUCUAGCUCAGGAUUGUCUUCUAGCUAUGGUCAUCAUGGAUCAAGCUCAGGACAGUCUUUCAGCUACGGUCAGCAUGGAUCUGGCUCAGGUCUAUCUUCGAGCUAUGGCCAACAAAGGUCUGGAUCAAGCCAAUCUUCAAGCCACAGGCAACAUCGUUUUGGCUCUGGUCAGUCCUCUACAUAUGGCUAUCAUGGGUCUGGAUUAGGUCACUCUUCUGGCUUUGGUCAACAUGAGACUAGCUCAGGAAAAUCUUCUGCCUUUGAGCAUGGAUCUAGCUUAGGUCAGUCACCAAGCUCUGGAGAACAUGAAGCCAGAUAUGGUCAAUCCUCUGGCUACAGACAACAUGGUUCUGCUUCAGGACAGUCAUCAAGCUUUGGUCAACAUACAUCUGGAUCAGGUCAGUCUUCUAGCUAUGGCCACCAUGGGUCUGUCUCAUCUCAGUGUUCUACCCAGAGUCAACAUGGAUCUGGCUUGGGCCAGUGUUCUAAUUCUGAACAAUACAGGACUGGCUCAUGUCAGUCAUCUAGCUCUGGACAAUGUGGUUCUGGAUCUGGUCAAUGUUCUAGCUAUGAGCAACAUGAAUUACAAGAGAGUUGUAGGUCAAGUUCAAGUGGAACUCAUGGUGAGGACAGUAGACCCAAAGUGGGCUCAACCCCUAAUCAAUCAAGAAAUAGCCAGGAGUGGUUAGGAUAUAGCCAAAAAGAAAGAAGUAGGAGUUGCAGCCCAUUGAGUGGCAAGUCUGAUGAAAAUGAGAGUAUUCACAGACAAUCAAGAACAUGUAGGCAACAAAGCCAGGGCCAGUUGGAAUCUUGCUAUAGCCAUUCCAAUUGUAAUGAAGGCCAAUCAGGAAGCAGUUCUAGACAAGUAGAAAGCUCCUCAAGUUGUGACUUUGGACAAUCUACACCCUCCUAUGAACUGUCUAGCUCCAACACUACCAACACAUUGUUAAUCUGCAAGGAGGAUAAUAGACAAGGUGGCUAUUGUUACCAGAGAGAAGGAGGUAACCAUGGAGGGGGUCAUACAAACUCAAAUUCCCACAGUUUCUGUAGCAGCACUCCACUCUACAAAUAUGUCCAAGAGCAGAGGUGCUAAUUCGAGGAAUGAAUAAUAAAUAGAAAUUAAGAUAU